AUGUCGGUUGGUGGUUUCAGCUUGGGAGGAAUGCGAACCGCAAUCGUGCUCGUGAUCGCGAGCGCAUUCGCGGUUCUCGCCGAUUUCUCCGACUCAUUCAAUGAAUUCGUCGUGGAAAAUUAUGGCCAAGAAAUGAAUGAACUCCUGGCUCGUCGGGAUCUUGGAGACGCUGGAAGCUUUGGUGGCGGAGCUCAUAAUGGAACUUCUAGCACUUCAAAACAAGCGGUGAUUCUUGUCCACGGCAUCACUAAUACUGCGGGAACGUUCCGCGGUCAUCGAAACCAUUUAUUGAAUAUUGGAUGGUCCGAUGAAACUGUUUAUGCGACCACCUAUGGAGACGGCGGACAAACGUGGCUUCCAUUUGUUGACAUGAAGUGUGAAUAUGUCAAACAGGUGAGAUAUUUGAUUGAAGUGGUGGCCAACUUCACCAAGAAUAAAGUGGAUGUUAUUGGCUACUCAUUGGGAUCACCGAUUGCUAGAAAAGCAAUUCUCGGUGGAAAAUGCGUCGAUACAAAUGACGAGCUCGGGCCGCCGCUCACACAUCUUAUUGAAACGUACCUAUCGGUGGCUGGCGCCAAUCGGGGUUCGAUUUUUUGCGGAAUUCCGUUUCCCGGUGCCUGCAGCGCCACAAACGGGCUUUAUUGUCGAUCGAAAUUCAUUAAGGACAUCAAUGCCCAGCAUCGUUAUGAAGGUGAAUACAUAUUUGGAAUGAUUGGUAGAAAUGACGAUAAGGUUGGAUACUUGAACGCGUGUGCGCAGAAGGCUUCGACGAUUGAUGAAGCCGACGCCGAGUAUGAGAUGGCUGGAAACCAUGAUGAUGUCAUUUUCAAUGAGGCCCAGAUGCAAUUCAACCUCAUCGACUUGCACACCCCAUAA